AAGAUGCUGCGACUGUUAUCACGCUGGCGCAGGCUCGAGCUCUGAACCAGUCAUCUCCACGGUAACCAGUCUCCGCUCGCGUCGUCCUGCUAUUCGUCAGCAUCCAAUACGCACCACCGCAAAGACUAUCGCCUGUAUUUUCGUCAUGGUGAAGCUGGGUAGUAACCUGUCUGAGAAGGUGGAGCGGCAGGCGUCGCUGGAGGACGGCUUUGACAACAUCCCCCUCAUCACCCCACUGGAGGUCAGCCAGCUCCGUCAGCCCUUUCCAGACAAGGUGAUAGUGAAGACAACAACAGAGUAUGAGCUGCAGAAGAAAAAGAAACGGCUGUACGUGCCCAGCAUCAAGAAGCUCAACAUAAACCUUUAUGACGAGGUGUCGGAGAAGGUCAAGCUCACAGGCCUGAUUCUGAUCACCUUGGCAUUUCUGGCGUGUCUGCUGCUGCUGGUGAUGUACAAAGCGCUGUGGUACGACCAGCUCAGCUGCCCCGAGGGCUUUGUCCUCAAGCACAAGCACUGCACGCCAGCCGCUCUGGAGAUGUACUAUUCGGAGCAGGAGGGUGGCGGCUCCAAGGGAAGCCUGUACACGGCCAUCAGCCACCUGAACCAGGCCAAGAAGAGCCUGCCUGAGCUGCCCUCGCCCUGGUUGCCCGUCAUCAACGCCCUCAAGGAGGCCCAGAGGGCCAAGGAGGAGGCUGGACGCUCCCCGGAGUAGAGGCCCAGAGGGCCAAGAAGGAGGCUGGACACUCCUCGGAGUAGAGGCCCGCCGACUGGGAAGAGAGAGAGAGGAGGACGGGAGGAGAGGGGAGGGAUGAGGGAGGAGGCUCACGUUUGUUUGCUUUGUUGUUGUUGUUUUUUGAGGGAGGGGAGGGGGAGGGGUGUUGGGGAGGGAAAAGAGACAACAUUUCUAACAGGGCGAUUGUUCAGGCAUGAGAAAGAGGGAAUAGCUCACAGAGGAUAAGAAUGGAGAGUUGUCUGUUGUGAGGUGUGUGUGUGUGUGUGUGUGUGUGUGUGUGUGUGUGUGUGUGUGUGUGUGUGUGUGUGUG